AUGUCAAAAGUCAACCACCCUGAUAAUGCUGGCUGGAUACCGUUUCACGUAGCUUCCUGGAACGGUGACAAACAAAUUGUCGAAUGUCUAGUGACACAUGGGUCCGAAAUCAAUCGCGCUGAUAAUGGUGGUAAGACACCGCUUCACCUAGCUUCCUGCAACGGCGACGUCGAAACCGUCCAUUGCUUAGUGAAAUGUGGGGCCGAAAUCAAUUGCUCUUCGAAAGAUGGUCGGACACCACUUUACAUGGCUUCAUCGGAAGGCCACGACAAAACCGUUGAAUGCCUAGUGACAUGCGGAGCCGAGAUCAAUCGCGUUGAUAAUUUUGGUCGGACACCACUUUAUGCAGCUGCCAAUAACGGCCACGAAAAAGUUGUCGAAUGUCUAGUGAAACACCAAGCCAAAAUCAACCGCACUGAUGAUAAUGGCCGGACAGCGCUCCACCUAGCUCCCUGGCAAGGCCAUGAAACAACUGUCCAAUGUCUUGUAAAACUUGGCGCCGAACUCAACCACGUUGACAAUUAUGCUUGGACACCACUGUAUGCAGCUUCCAAAAUAGGCUCCAAAAAGAUUGUCGAUUUUUUAGUGAAAUCCGGAGCCGAAAUCAAUCUAACUGACAAUGAUGGUUGGACACCGCUUCAUGUAGCUUCCCGGAUGGGUCACCUCAAAACCGUCGAAUGCCUAUUGACAUCGGGAGCCGACAUCAAUCGUCCUAGUAAAAACGACGAGACACCUCUUUACUUAGCUUCGUUCAACCUCCACGAAAAAGUUGUCAAAUGUCUAGUCAAACACGGAGGCGAUAUCAAUCGCACUAAUAAAGAUGGCCACACAUUGCUUCACGUGGCUUCCUUGAAGAAUCGUGAAAAACUUGUCGAAUGUCUAGUGAAAUGUGGAGCCGAAAUCAAUCGCGUUGACAAUGACGGUUUGACACCGCUUCACGUAGCUUCUUGGAACGGUCACCACAAAAUUGUCGAAUGUUUAGUCAAAUUCGGAGCCGAAAUCAACCGGGCUAAUGAUGACGAUCGGACACCACUUCACCUAGCAUGCUUGAAUGGUCACGAAAUGAUUGUCGAAUGCCUAAUCAAAUAUGGAGCCGAAAUCAAUUUCAUUUCUAAAAAUGGUUUCACACCGCUUGAUAUCGCCAUUUUUAUGAAUCAUACUAAAAUUGUAAACUUUUUAAAUGAAAAAUUCGCCAAAAAAACUGGAACUUAUAACUAAUAACUGAACCUUGAUUACGUCAUUUCAUAAUAAAUUAUUUUUAAAUUUUUAAAAAUUAACA